AUGUUUCUGUCUCUUCCUACAUUGACUGUCCUUAUUCCACUGGCUUGUUUAGUAGGACUGUGCUAUUCAGCCCCUGCUGAAGAAAACUUCCCACAGGGCUGCACUGGCACAGCUAGCUUUCACAGUCUGCUCUUGUCAAUUACCAUACCAGUAAUGUUCUUCCACCUUUGGACUUGGAUGGGUAUUAAACUCUGCAGAUAUAAUUAA